UCCUCGGACGGGAUCACCUGAGCCCUCCUAUCUCAAUUAGACGGGAGCCAGUUUGCGCUGCAGUUACGGUUCGUAGUACGGCUUAAAAAUACCACGAAAGUAUAGUUAAUAUGUAAGAUUAAAAAUAAUCCCUCAUGCCUUAAACCCCCAAUACAUGGGAUAUAUGAAUUUUUUUUUCUGAAUGGGAGUGAAGAAGUGCAGCUAGCUCGCGCGGCCGGGCUGAAUCUCGUGCGUUUGCCUUUUUUGAACUUCUUGGAAAUAUGUAACUGACGGAUGAGACUUUAACAUGGAGCAGUCGGCAACUCUCGACAUAGAGACGCUGAAGGCUCAGAGCUUGAUGAAUUACUCUACUGGUUCAAUUUCUGGAAGUGUGUAAGGCCAGCGUGCACAGAUUACCCAGGAGCAGUUUAUCCUCGCAUCCCAAUCUCUGCACCUCCAGCGACCGGGCUGUGAUGCCGUGUACCCGGUGGGCCUGUACGGCUGGAGGAAAAGAUGCCUGUAUUUCUUCCUCCUGCUGCUGCUGGUCACCAUGAUAGUUAACCUGGCCCUCACUGUCUGGAUCAUGAAGGUCAUGAAUUUCUCAGCGGAUGGAAUGGGAAAACUUCAGUUGAAUCAGGAUGGGAUUCGCCUGGAGGGAAUCUCUGAGUUCCUCCUGCCUCUCUACGUGAAUGAGAUCCAGUCCAGAAGGGACAGCUUUUUGGUCUUGCGGUCAGAGAAGAACGUAACGCUGAACGUCAGGAACGACCAAGGCCAGCUGACCGGUCAGCUCACAGUAGGACCUGAGGCUGUGGAGGCCCAGUGUCAGAGGCUGGUGGUACGCAGUAAAGACGGAGGCAGACUGUUGUUCACUGCAAAUGAGGAGGAGGUCAUCAUGACAACUGAAAAGUUCACCGUCACAGGCUCGGAAGGUGCUGUGUUCGGCCAUUCAGUAGAAACUCCCGUCAUCCAGGCGACAGCUUCUGAAGACCUGAAGCUGGAGUCUCCAACACGGACCCUGACCAUGGAAGCUCCCAGAGGGGUGGAAGUGAGCGCUGCCAAGGGGACGCUGAAGGUCAGCAGUCGAAAGGACCUACAGCUGGAGUCCACAGAAGGAGAGAUACUUUUAGACGCCAACACCAUUCAGCUGGGUAGCCUCCCGCUCGGCAUCUACACAGCGACAUCCAGCGACGCCUCAAAAGAACAGGCAGUAUACGAGGUGUGCGUCUGCCCCAGUGGCAAGAUCUACCUCUCUCCGGCAGAGAGCAGCUCCACCUGCCAGGCCAUGAGCAACAUCUGCCUCUGGAGCUGACCUGGGAGCAGUGUCGGCCAUUGGAGACCACUUUUUUUUUUUUUUUUAACAUCUACUCUGGAGCUGCCCAGAUUCAGACUCCUCCGUUGGUACAUUUAACAGAGCGUAGAACACAUCACAGCGGAGCUGGAGCUCAAACUCUUCACUGUCUGAGUUCAGUUAGCACAGAAGCAUCCAAGUCCACCGCCUGCAGUGGUCUGCUGGAGGUCAGGACUCUGCCACGGACAGUGUUUGAGGAAUGGCAGUCAGAGCAGUCUGAAAUCAGGAAUAUCUCAUACAAACAGGAACACUUCCACUACCUUAUAUUAGAGCCAGAGGAUACACCCUUUAUUUUUCUACUUUAAGUUCAUUGUAGACAUGCUGUCUGUUUUGAAGUUUCAGAGAGAAUCGAUGAGGAAAGGUAAAACACAGGUGCCUUCAGCUUUAAAAGAAGUCAUAUUGUGACUAAUGAUGUACCUGUCUGUUCAAACGGAGAGAGAUAUUUAAGGGUUUUAACGUAACGAUGGUAGGAACACAAUUAAGCACAAUUCUGUCAUGUUUUUUUUAAUAAUCUUAAUAGAUAUAUUAGGUUUUCCCCACUAAGUGAGUGGCUGUUUCGUUUGAAAUUAAACAUGUUUUUAUGUGGCACACAUUGUA